UUCUUGGGGGGUCUCAUUUAAGUUGUUGCUGGGACUGAGACUUUAUUGGCCUGGAUAUAAGCUAAUUCACGUUUUAUUUUCCUUUGGGGGUUUUUUUCUGGACAUGCCAGAGGUGGAUUUAUUUUUGAAGAAAACUAAAACGUGUCGCAAGACAUAAUGCGGCUGGACACAUCUGUGGUUGUUUUGGUCACUUUCGCCUACAUCGUGUGCCUCUGCGGAUCGCUACAUGGAGAAAUUUGCCCCAGCAUGGACAUCAGCAAUAGUGUGACCAACCUGCGCGUUCUCGAGAACUGCACAGUGAUCGAGGGCCACCUGAAGAUCCUGCUCAUGUUCAAGACCAGACUGGAGGACUUCCGGGGCUUGAGUUUUCCAAAGCUGGUCAUGAUUACAGACUACCUGCUUCUCUACCGCGUCUACGGCCUGGAGAGUCUCGGAGACCUCUUCCCGAACCUCACCGUCAUCCGUGGUAACAACCUCUUCUUCAACUAUACCCUAGUCAUGUUUGAAAUGAUCCAGCUGAAGGAAAUCGGCCUCCACAGCUUGACCAGCAUUAUACGUGGGGCAGUACGCAUCGAGAAGAACCCAGACCUCUGUUAUUUGUCCACUCUUGACUGGUCCAAGAUCUCAGACUCGAUGGAGCACAACUACAUUGUGUCAAACAAGAAUGGCCGGGAGUGCGGAGACAUUUGCCCGGGUACCAUCACGGGAACGAUAACCUGCAAACAGACCACCAUCAACGGGAAUUUCGGAGAACGAUGCUGGAACCAGAACCAUUGCCAGAGAAUUUGUCCUUCCGAAUGUGUCCACGGUGCCUGUACCCCCCAUUUGGAGUGCUGUCAUGAUCAGUGUCUGGGCGGCUGCUCUGUGCCAGGGAACGCAACCAAAUGCGUAGCUUGUCGCAACGUCCUGUUUGGCGAGGCCUGCGUGGAGCGCUGCCCGCCGGGCUACUACACCUUCAAGGGAUGGCGCUGCGUGUCCUUAAAAUUCUGCCAGGACCUCCACAACCAGUGCAAGGGCAAGAGCGGCGACUGCCACGAGUACGUCAUCCACAACGGGACCUGCAUCCCCAAAUGCCCGUCUGGAUACACCACCAUGAAUUCCACCACGUUGAACUGCACGCCAUGUGCCGGUCGAUGUCACAAACAAUGUACAGGGGUGAAGACGGUGGACUCGGUCAUGGCCGCUCAGGCUCUGCGGGGCUGUACGGUGCUCAACGGCAGUCUGAUCAUCAAGAUCAGCAGAGGAAACAAUAUCGAGGAAGAGCUGAAGGCCAGUCUGGGUCAGCUGGAGGAGAUCACGGGCUACCUGAGCAUCCGCAGAGCCUACGCUCUCGUCUCCCUCUCCUUCCUCCACAAGCUGCGUGUCAUUCGCGGUGAAACGCUGGAAGCGGGGAACUACUCGUUUUACGCCAUGGACAACCAGAACUUGCGGCAGCUGUGGGAUUGGUCCAAACACAACCUCACCAUCCUCAAUGGCAGGAUGUUCUUCCUCCACAACACCAAACUCUGCAAGUCUGAGAUCCUCCGGAUGGAAGAAGUGACCGGGACCAAGGACAGGAUCCCUAAAAACGAAAUCAGCAUCCCCGCUUAUGGAGACCAGGCCUUCUGUGAGAACCAAGUUCUUAAAUUUACGCUAAUCCGCACGACCCACGACAAGAUCCUCAUCAAGUGGGAGCCGUUCUGGCCCUCAGACUUCAGAGACCUGCUGGGAUUCAUGAUCUUCUAUAAGGAAGCUCCUUAUAGGAAUGUGACAGAAUAUGACGGACAGGACAUCUGUGGCUCUAACAGUUGGGCGAUAGCUGAUGUGGACCCUCCACCACGCGUCACUGAGGGAAACCAGAUAGAACCGGGUUAUCUGAUCAUGCCUCUUAAGCCCUGGACCCAGUACGCCAUCAUGGUCAAAACCCAACUCGCCGCCUCUGAUGACCAUCAGGUCUGCGGGGCCAAAAGCGAGAUCAUCUACGUCCGCACCAACGCCACCAGUAAGUUGCAGCUGUCUGGGAACUGAGGACUGUCCUGCUUAAUAAAUGUAUUAUAAGUUGAUAGAGCAGUUACACUAUUUUUGGUCAUUAAGCAACAAUAAGCAUAUAAUACAGGUUUAAAAAAUGCAUAUUCAUUUUAUACAUAUGUUUAUAUUUUUAAAAUAAACUAUAAUUGUAUUAUAAUUGUAAUAAAAUUAAAAUUAAUAUUAUGUCACAUCAGUUCCUAAAUACAGUCAGUCUGGUUAGUAAUAAGUGAAGCUGGUAAUGCUGUUUGUGGAGUUGUUUAAUCAUAUUCUGCUGAGAUGUUGACAGAUGAAAUGUCUUAUGUUCGGUUGAUCUCAUCUAAGGCUGUGGCUGAAGUCAGAUGUAGUUCUUGUGUUUCUAUUUUCUUCAUUGAUAACAUGUAUAUUUUUUUUUUAUGAAACAGUCAUAAACUUAAAAAAAAAAAAAAUGAAUGUGUAAGUGUAAAUGUGAAGCAUCUAUAAAUGGGAAUGUGUGUUUUUUUAUCAUUUGUUUAGAGAUCUGAUGUGAAGUUUCAUGAGCGUGACAGAGGAAUAACGUUCAUUCAGACCAACGCCUCUGUUGUUCCUCCUCUGAAUCCACUGACCGAUCAUGAAUAUAGAUUUACAGUCAUACUCUGCAUAUGAAAUAUAGCUGACAGAUUGAUUGCUGUUUGACAUUGAUCAGUAUGGUGUUCUGCUUGAACAUGGAAUGAAAUAAUCAAGAACUUUAAAACA